UAGAAGCUCAGGUUGAAGCGGAAGACUAAAGCAUUCGAUAUAUUGCAUUCAAGAAUCAAGAUUUCUGUUUCUGAUCCUCACAUUUCUCCUCUCCAUUUCUGUUUCUGAAAUUCUGACCUUCACCCUUCAAAAACCCUUACUCGGUUACUCCCUUAGAACUGCGGCUGGACAGCAACGGAGCAACCUACCGUCUACUCCACCUUAAUCCUUCGCCAGAAGGCGUCAACUCCAGCUACUGAACGGCCCACCGUCAAGCGUCAACCUGCCGCCCUGCCGCAACCACCAUCUUUUUGAAAAGAGUUGCACAGAAAUGAGUGAUAUAGAAAAAUCUGAGAUCAAUAUUGCAUCCUCUGUUGAGUCGAGUGCAUCUCUGCUAGAACAGCUGGGAAAUGCACUUGCUGAAUUGAAACGUCACAAGGUUAUUGAUAGCAAUCAGAUCCCAUGGAAUAAUGUUGAAGCACAUUUUCGUAACUUGGACGCAAUGAUGAAAAAGAAGCUUGAAGAUUUUGAAGCCAAGGAGAAGGAAUUCACGGAGACUGAAACUCGCAAUAACAUGGUUCUUGCUGAGAGAGAGGCAGCUGUUGUAGCAAAGGAACAAGAUUUGUUAGAUAGGUUGCAGGAACUAAAAGAUUCUGCUUUGGCUUUCAUCACUGAGGCUAGGGAAACUAUUGUACCAGAGCCUUUGGAAUCCUCCGGUGUUGAUGCCGAUGAAAAUAAGGUAAACAGCUCUGUUAACGAUGAAAAUGCAUCACUUGAUACCCAAGAUGAGAAAUCCCCUCGAAGUAUUGAGGAAAAUGUUGAAGGUGGUGCUGUUGAGGUUAAUCCUCUUGCAGAGCUGACACAAUUUUGUGAGCAGAUGGAUUCUAUAGGACUUCUGAACUUUGUCGUGGAGAAUCUAAAAACCGUUUCUCCUUUUUGGAAAGAACAGCUGUCAGUCGCACUUGGUAGUGCAGCUGAACCAGCCCAUUUAGUGCUUAAAGCAUUGGAAGGAUUUUUCCCUCCAAAUGAAAUGAUCCAAGAGGAGGAUAGUAGUGCUCUCCAUGACAUGCGCCAGUCUUGUAUAAUCCUUAUGGAGGCCCUGUCUGCCUUUUUGUCAAAGGUGAACAAUGCUGCAGAGAUUCUUAACCCUGAAACCCAGCAGCAGGCUGUAUCUAUUGCCAAUGAUUGGAAACUUAAGUUGCCUGACGAAAGUAGUAGUGCUGCCAAUGGAAAAUCAUUGGAAGUUGAAGCAUUUUUGCGGCUGGUUGCAACAUUUAGAAUUGCCUAUGAGUUUGAUCCGGAAGAAUAUUGCAAGUAUGUUCUUGUAGUUGCUCAUCAUGAGCAGGCAACUGAACUCUGCCGUUCUCUUGAUUUGACAUUAAUGAUACCAGGUUUGAUCAAGACAUUGAUCAAAAGCGAGAGGCUAAUUGAUGCCGUUCAUUUUAUUUGUGCAUUCAAUCUCUCCGAGGAUUUCCCUCCUGUUCCUCUGUUGAAAACAUACAUGAGGGGGAUCAGAAAAACUUUACAAGGAGGUGGUAUUGCUGCCUUACAGCAAAAAAACAACGCACGAGAACUGGCUGGAAUAAGAGUUGUCAUUGGAUGUAUUGAACAAUACAACAUUGAAGACCCCUCGUACCCUCUCGAGCCACUCUAUAGAAGGGCUGCCCAGCUAGAUAAAUCUGGCAAAAUUGAUAGAAAGAACUUUCAAAAUGGUAAAUUGCAUCAACAGAACACGAAGUCGCAAUGUGUUUAUACAGGUGGUAGAUAUGGCCGUGGUAAAAGACACAUGCCUACUGUUACUAAUCCAGUUUCUUCGCAACCUCUUAAUACCGCUCCAGUAAAUGAUGAAACGAUGCCUUACUAUCCAAAAAAUUCCGAACCUAAUGGACCCUUUUCUGCUGCGGCGCCUACCUAUGGUUCUCAUUUGCCAUCAUCACAUCAGCCACCGGCGUAAGCUGCAACCUACAAUAUCAGUAUCUAGCACAGUAACAGUUAAUAGGUCAGUUGUAACAGUUACGAUACCCCUCUGUGUCACUGAAAUCGCCCUUAUUUGAUUUCCAAAUGUUUUUUACAUGAAUAUAUGAAGAGAAAAUUUCAAUGGGACGGAGGGAUAGGCCUUUAGGUAAGUUCCAUGCUGAUAGGAGAUUACAUGUUUGGUUCAUAGCUGCUUUACCGCGAAGUUUUCUGUGGGUUUCUCUCGAUUUUAUUUGUGCGUUGCGUUGUCUAGAAAGUUUUGCCCCCAUUUUGUUGUGUAAUAUGUUGAAGUUCUGUAUAAUGCAACAUUCUUCACGAAUUUACUAUUCCAUGUGGAAAGAGGAGCUUUGAACGCAAAGUUGCAAGUUCGUGUACGAACUUUGCUGAGACACAACUAUCAUCCUGAGUAGAGGUGUGCAAUGGGCCGGAGGCCUCCGGGCCUGACCCUUUAGUGGAUGGGCUUUCAACAGGCCGGGCCUUAAAUGGGUUGGACUUUUAAAAGGUCAACUUUUACUAUGUACUGAGCGGGAUUAAAACGGGCUUUGCUCUUUUAGAGUUUUGCUCAACGUGAUUGAUAUUAAUCAACAUUCAUGAUGGCCACUGCCCAUUAAUAUCGGCAUGAAUUAUACAUUUUAUAAUACUAUUCAAGAGAACACUGUAAAAUUCAAAAUCAAAGUGCGUCAAAAACAUCACAAAAAGUGAUCAACACUUGCUACAGCCAUAUAUAUAUUCAAUGUUUUUAAGAAAUUUAACCUAACAAGAUUCUUGGCAAAUCUACAUAAAGACAUUUCCAAGCAAAGCAAAUGAAAAUAAUCUGACUAACAAAAUCUAUUAUACAACAUAUAGUAAUCUCUUCUCUGGGUUGACUAUAAAUUCCAAGAGGGUUGAGGCUCCACAUAGAAUCAUGCUACUCCAAGCAUAACAGACCGUAAGACAAU